ACUCCUGGAAACUCCAGGGAGUUCCACGGUGGCAUUGUCCCCUUCUAUGACCAUGGACUACCGCAUUUUAUGGAUCAGGGAUAAAGUCAUCAAAUUCCUCGGCCUCAAUGAGGAGCACAAAAUUUUAUUCGAUAAUUUAAUUAAUGAGAAUAAUCGAUAUUAUGAGGACAAACUGUACAACUUUCUAAUUCUCGAUUUGUACGAUACAACGGAUUUAGAGAAGAAGUUGAUAUUGUUUUACAAGACGUACAGAAGUGAAGUGGUGCAGGAAGAGAUUUCAGUGUGGGAAGAAAUCGAGAAGUUUGAGGAUGAGAAGAAAAAGGAGAAGAAACCAAAGAAAUCAAAGAAAGAGAAGAAGGAGGAGAAAGUUGAAUUGAGUGAUAUAGACGCCGGAUCAAUAUUCACUGGAGUCUCAACGCAUGUGCCUUCGGGAACUGAAGAAGAAGCUGGUGAGGAUGGCGAGAGUGUAGCUCCGAAUGAAGAAGAAGCCGGGCAAUCUGCUCAAAGUUUACACAAAGCCAAAGAGCAGGCGAAGAGCGUUGGAACUUUGGGAGGCAUGCCUUUUGUUCCACCACCUGGCGAAGAGGACAAAUACAUUCUGACAAAGAAAGUCGUGGACAAGGUCGUCCAAAUACCGGUGAUUCAUAUGCUGUGUGGUGAAAUAGAUCCUGAUGAUAAAGAACUGCAUGACGCAACUCUUUUCUAUUUCUUGCGGACCAAGGACCGGGGAAUCCCAGCGUUCGACACAUGGCAGGCCUGUCAUGAACAGAUUACUGAGUACAUGAUUGUUGGAUCCUUGCAUGGGCAGUUUUUGCAGUCGAUGAAUAACAUUCUUGUUAAUGUUUUUAAACCCCUCAUCGAGAGACAAUACCGUGGUGCCGCUGCUGCGCAACGACUAAUUAGUGGUACACACGCUAGUACAAAGAGCGACAGCAUUGGGAAAGCCCAGACGACAUUAACCAGCGUCAUGGAGUCGCAGGCGUCAGCUCUCACUCGGCCUUCCCACUACCAGAGGAUGUCCGUCGCAAUCGGAAAAAUUGAAAAUGCGCAAGGACUAUCACCACUGGAUGGAAGGGAUCAGACUACCGUUCAAACGCCCUCGGAUUUGGGAAAAGCAGGAAAACCCGUAGCCGGAGCCAAGCAAUCAACAUUGGAAUCACUGACAUCCGAAGCUGCGAAAGUGUCUGAGGAAAAACCAAAAGAACCGGAAAUGGAGCAGACCAAGAGAGAAAUGCUCGAGUACUUGGAGAAACUCACAAAAGUUGUUCAGUGGACAUUGGAACACGUGGAGGGCGAUUUUUUACUAAAUGUCCCAAAGUUGUCAGAAAUUGUUGGCUCUGAAACAGUGGACCCUUCAUCAUUGGAGAAAAGGGCUAUUAAUGAGUUGGAGGAAGUGGUCAUGUCUUGGGGGAGCCACAUACAGAAAUCCAUAAAGACGUUUUUGGCAAAAGUGCCUGAUAAAAGGGGACCCACUGCUGAGUACGAAUACUGGCACGAACGGGAAACCGAAAUGUCACUGCUAGUUGAGCAAUUGAAAACUCCAGCCGUCAAAAAUAUUAUUUCGAUUUUGGAUAGCGUGGGAUCGACAAUACCUUCUGCCUUCAGCUAUUCUGAGAUGGAAUUAUUUGAUUACUAUUCCCAAGCUAGAGACAAUACUAGAUUUUUGGGCACUGUUUUGAGACAUUUCAAGUUGAUGACUGAGACUGACGAUUUUAAAACAAUCGCUGAGUCCAUUCCAACGCUCAUGGAAGGAUUGAGAAUGAUUUGGGUCCUUUCCAAGUACUACAGUUCUGAGGAGAAGAUGAUUCUGAUGUUGGAUAGAAUUUCGUGGCAACUGUGUCAAAAUACUUCGAAAAAUUUAUCUGUCAAGGAACUUUUCCGGAAACCUCUAGAAGAAAUCCUAGAAAAAACUCUGGACGCUCACUUAAUGAUGAAGAGUUGGAAAGCAUCGUAUUUAAAAACCCGUCAAGAUAUUGAACACUCGGGCAAAGGAACUCGUUGGGAGUUCGAUCAGCAACGGCUCUUCAAAGAAACCGAAUACAUCGCGAAAGUAUGCGCCGACUUGAAUAAAAUCGCCAGUGUUCUCCAAGACUUCUACAACAUAUUCGGAGCGGACCUGAAAUCAGCGAUCAAUGAUCCCGCUCAAAUAGAUACGAUUAUCAAGCGAGUUGACGAAUUAAUCGAUCCGGUGAAAAAUGCGGACUUCAAUAUUUUCACUGAAUUCAACAAAGAAAAUUGGGACGCCACGAUGGACUGGUUCUUCCUCGAAGUAUCGUACUUGGAGAAUGAUGCGAAAUUUUUUAUCGACGAAUGCUUCAUGGAGCUCAUCAGUGCGGAACAGGCACUGGAGGUUUUGUUGAAGUUCAAGAACAUGAAGACCAGAGAUGCUAUUCAGAAACAGUUACUCACGAAGUUCGAUAUUAUUAUGCAGCAGUUUUGUAAAGAAAUUAACGAAGUCGAAGGGAUAUUCAAUCAAGGAAAGAGGGAUCCUCCUUUACUACGUCACCAUCCCCCAGUUGCUGGAGCAAUAUUCUGGGAGAGACAACUGUUUCACCGGCUCCGCAAGCCAAUUUUGAUUUUCCAAAAUGUGGAUGAAAUAAAAGAGAGUCAUUUGAAGACUAUGACGUUCAGUCGAUAUUUGGAGAUCGCGAGGAAGAUGAAAGAGUACGAGGAGAUGAAAUUUAAUGCCUGGAUAGACAGAGCGCAUGCGGUGGUUGUUCAGACUAUGAAGAAGAAUGUGCUGAGGAUGAUUCCGGUGUCUGAUGAAAAGAUAUUAGAGGCUCAAAUAAUCGGGAAGAUCCUAGCAAAAAAAGACAAAACCAAAGAAUCGAAAAACUCCUCUAUUUCGGCUUCUAAAAGCACGAACGUCGACUCCUUCUCCAAGACAAAAUCCGAAGGAAAAGCAAUACGUCACAGUCAACUCCCACGAAUAUCCACGAUGUCAUCUCCUGAUAAACCCCAGCAUGCCACGAAGGUCACCUGGAUGGAGAUGAUGGAUGGCAAGAUAAUGAUAGAAAAUCAAUUGCGGUUCGAAGUGAACUUCGAUUGGGAAGUUUUCGAGAUAAUUCACGAGGCCGAAUUGCUCGAGUACCUCGGAUAUGCCCUGCCAGAGCCUGUUAGGGAUGUGGGAAUCCAGAGGGAUAGAUUGAGGGGGGAUAUUGAAAGUGCCCAGACAAUGAUUGAUGAGUAUAACGAGAUCAUCAAUAAAUUGGAUAAUGCAGAUAUAAAAUUACUGAAAAAUGCGAUCCAACAAAUCGAAAAGCGGAUUCAACCAGGAGUAACCCGUCUGAAUUGGUACACCUUGGGAAUUUCCGACUACGCCGAAGAAUCAAAGAAACUCCUCAAGAAUCUAACAUCAAUAGUAGGUCAAGUGAAUCAAAUGAAAUUGAACCUCGAUCGGCAAAUAGAGAGCGAAAUCAGCUGCUACAACUUAUUCACGACAACAAAAGAUCCCAACGACCCGGACUACGAACUGAGCACUUGCAAGACCUACUUCUUGGAUAUUGAGUUGAAAAGAACUGAGCUCAUCGCCGCGAUGCGGCGAGUAUACGACUCCAUCAGCCCCAUGCUCAUCAAAUUGGAGAGUCUCGUUGAGGGAACAUCAACAGGAAGAAGCGCAGAAAUGCAGCAGUUCUAUGAGAGAUACGAGCAGAAACUUUUCACAGCAUUCAUCACGUGCUUCGUGAGAAACUUGGAAGUGCUUAAUAAUUUACUCUCCGGAGAUAAAGUUAUCUUCCAGGUGGAUGCAAUCUUGCUGGCGUCUGAAGUGGUUCUGCGGCCUUCACCCAGUGAGAUUUAUUCGAUAAUUCUCCAUGAUGUUAAGGAUCUGCUUGAGAGAUGCAAAGUUUUCCCGAGGUGGAUGCUGGGGACUUGCCAUCAGUGUAAACCAAUUAAACAAGAGAACAGUGAGGAGACUACGGUUUUCAGUUUUUUUGAGGAUGUCAUGAGCAUUCAGAUUAUCAACGACAGGAUCACAGCCGUCCAAGAGACAAGUCACAAAUUAGCGACAGAUUGCUGGAGAUACCUCCAAAGAUGGAAAAAGUAUGGGAAUCUCUGGAGGUUCGACAAGAUCCAGCUGUGCGAGACAUUCGCAUCAACAAAUCCAACUCUCCUCCAGUACGACGAGAAGUUCACGUUCUAUGGGUCAGUAAUCGAGGAAAUCGACGACAUGGUGUCAUACUCCGACGUUACCAGCAUUAGAAUCAAUCUAUCACCUCUCCUGAAGAGCAUUAAAGACCACUCUCAACAGUGGAAGCAAGACUUGGGGAAUUAUCUCCUCUCCGAAACCCAGCAAUCGAUGAACAACUUGAAGACUAAAAUAAAAAAAUUCAGGUCUGAUAUCGAGUUGGUUGUCAGUGGAUUGGAGAAAUUCAAAACAGUUAUGCAAGCGAUUGCGAAUGUCAAGAAGAUGGGGGUGCAGGCGGAGGUGCAGUACAACGAGUAUCAGGAGACGUUCAGGACUUUGAAAAUGCAUGAGAUACAGUACCCGAUUGAGGAUGAGGUAGAGGCUCACAAGAUCCAACAGGAGUGGGAGUCUCUGUACCUUGGGGCUCUGUACAGAUCGACGACUUUGGAGAGCACGAAGGAUCAAUUCUGCCAGAUGACGCAGGAUCAGAUCGAGGAUUUCAGGACGGAAUGCAUCAAGUUUGCGGAUCUUUUUGAGAAAACGGGACCUGGGAGUGUUGGAGAUGAUCUUGAUGCGGGAAUGAAGAUCAUGCCGGAGUUUGGAAAACUCAUCAGUGAAUUAGAAGCAAAGCGUCUCGACCUAGUGAAUGCGGAAGUCCUUUUCGACCUCGAGCCGGCAGACUAUUCUCCCUUCAUCAAAGUGAAAGAGGAAUACGACGGCAUGGAAAUGAUCUUCGCAUUGUACAAGACCCAGAAGAGUGCGAGGGACAUUUGGUCGAAGACCCUCUGGGCAAAUUUGAAUCCUCAGCAGCUCAUCGACGGGAUGGAGCAGUACAUCAAAGAGUUCCGCAGGCUGCCGAAGCCCGUGAGGAAAUUGAGCGUUGGCCAGACGCUUGAGGCCGGCAUGAAAGCGUUUAGGAACUCAGUGCCACUGUUUGUUGAACUCAAGAACGAAGCAAUGCGCGAGAGACAUUGGCAAGAGCUCAUGGACAAGACUGGACAGUAUUUCGAUAUGGCACCUGAAAGGUUCACAUUGGAGAAUAUGUUCGCCAUGGACUUGGCGAAAUUCCAGGACAUCGCCAACGUAAUCGUAACAAACGCAGUGAAAGAACUGGCGAUAGAGAGGGGUGUCAAGGACAUCUCAGAUUCCUGGAAUACAAUGGAAUUUGCAGUCAUAAAGCACUUCAAAGGCUCGGAAGACCGAGGAUUCAUCCUGGGUCCAGUGGACGAGCUGAACCAAGUGUUGGAAGACAACACGAUGAACUUACAGAGCAUGGCUGCCUCCCAAUUCAUCGGACCGUUCCUCGGAACUGUCCAGAAAUGGGAGAAGUCCUUGCAGACAAUUUCCGAAGUCGUGGAGGCAUGGAUGGAGCUACAGAGACGUUGGCUCUACCUCGAGGGGAUUUUCGUAGGAGGCGACAUCAGGACUCAGCUUCCUGCCGAGGCCAGAAAAUUCGAUGACAUUGAUAACGCCUUCAGGAAACACAUGAUGGACACAGCGAAACGACUGAACGUCUACGAAUGCUGCAUGAUUCCUGGAAGGAGAGAUGCCUUUCUGUCUCUGAUCGAUGGCCUCGAGAGGUGCCAGAAAUCAUUGACAGAGUACUUGAACAGCAAACGCAUGAUCUUCCCUCGAUUCAACUUCUUGAGCGAUGAAGAACUCCUAGGAAUCCUGGGUAGCACUGACCCGGAAGCUAUCCAAGAGCACAUCGGAAAGAUGUUCGACAAUUUGGAUAAACUCAGACUUGAGAGGGAGCCAUUAGGCGAUGACGAAGAGAGAACUGUAGCCACAGCUCUGAUCUCGUGUGAAAACGAGAUCAUGGAGUUCAGGGAGAAGGUUCUGGCUGAGGGCAAGAUCGAGGAGUGGAUGGUGCACGCGCUAGAGGAGAUGAGACGAUCUAAUAGAUACCUCACGAAGAAGGCAGUCUACGAUUAUGGAACGGAGAACAGGCCAAGGACCAAAUGGAUCCUCGAUUUUCAGGGGAUGAUGAUCCUUGUGGCUAAUCAGAUUUGGUGGACGGCAGAAGUCGAGAAUGUCUUCAAGAAAAUAAGGGACGGUUCCAAGCGGGCGAUGAAAGAGUACCUCCAGCAGUUGAACAAUCAGUUGGAUGAAGUUGUGACGCUGAUGGGGGGCGAUGGCCUCACGAACAACGAUCGCAAGAAGUUGGAUACUGUCCUGACGGUUGAUGUACAUAUUCGAGAUAUUAUCGAUGGAUUUGUCAGGGAUAGUAUUAUGAAUGCGAUGGAGUUUGAGUGGGAGAGCCAGCUGAAAUUCUACUGGGUCCAUGAUCUGGAUAAUGUCUGGGUUAAUCAGUGCACAGGGAGAUUUGAGUAUGGAUAUGAGUAUAUGGGGUUGAAUGGGAGACUUGUGAUUACUCCGUUGACGGAUAGAAUUUACUUAACCAUCACUCAGGCACUUUCUAUGCAUUUGGGUGGUGCUCCCGCAGGUCCUGCAGGAACUGGGAAAACGGAAACAACGAAAGACUUAGCGAAAGCCCUGGGAUUAUUAUGCAUUGUUACUAAUUGCGGUGAAGGGAUGGAUUAUGUAGCCAUUGGAAAGACACUAGGAGGAUUGGCGCAGUGUGGAGCUUGGGGAUGUUUUGAUGAAUUCAAUCGAAUUGAUAUUUCUGUUCUCUCGGUAAUAUCGACACAACUGCAAACGAUUCGAUCAGCUCUUCAAGCCAAAUCUGAUCGAUUUAUGUUUGAAGGUCAAGAUAUCGUGCUGGACAGGAAAGUUGGUAUUUUCAUAACAAUGAAUCCGGGAUACGCCGGUCGAACUGAGCUCCCAGAAUCUGUGAAAGCGUUAUUCAGACCUGUUGUAUGCAUAGUGCCCGAUAAUGAGUUGAUCUGUCAAAUCAAACUAUUUAGUGCUGGAUUUUUAACAGCGAAAGUUCUUGCCAAGAAGAUGACGGUACUCUACACCCUUGCUAAGGAACAGUUGAGCAAACAAACUCACUAUGACUUCGGUCUUCGGGCACUCAAGUCCGUCUUGAACAUGGCGGGACAGCUGAAAAGAACUUCCAUGGAUCUCCCUGAGGAUGUUGUUCUCAUGCGAGCAUUGAGGGACAUGAAUCUCCCGAAAUUCAUCUUCGACGAUGUCCCACUGUUCCUGGGAUUGAUUAUGGACUUAUUCCCGGGGUUGGACUGCCCCAGAGUUGGUUACCCCGAUUUCAAUGAAGCUGUUGAAAAAGUUUUACAGGAGAGUGGGUGUAUUGUACUGCCUCAGCAGGUGGAUAAAGUUGUGCAGCUGUACGAAGUUAUGAUGACGAGGCACUCUACGAUGGUGGUGGGACCCACUGGAGGAGGAAAGACUGUAGUUAUAGAAACGUUGUGCAAGGCUCAGACUUUACUGGGGAAACCUACCAAGUUAUAUGUUCUGAAUCCGAAGGCCUGCGCUGUAGUUGAACUUUACGGAAUUCUGGAUCCGCUGACCAGAGAUUGGACAGACGGUCUCCUCAGCAGCAUUUUCCGCGAGAUUAACAAACCCGUCGACUCAUCCCGGGACGAAAGAAGAUACAUCCUGUUCGACGGGGACGUCGACGCGCUCUGGAUCGAGAACAUGAACUCCGUGAUGGACGAUAACAAGAUCCUCACCCUCGCGAAUCAAGAAAGAAUUAAACUCCAGAAUUACUGCAGCCUCCUCUUCGAAGUCGGAGACCUGCAGUACGCCUCCCCCGCGACAGUUUCCCGCGCAGGGAUGGUCUACGUCGACCCCAAAAAUCUGGGAUACCAGCCGUACCUAGACAGAUGGAUAAACAGUAGAGACGAAUCCGAACAGCCAACCUUCCGGGAACUGUCUGAAAAGUACGUGGAGGGCGCGAUGAAACUGAUCUACCAAGCAAUGUUUGGACUUCAGCCAGUGACUCCUUUGAAGAUGAUCAUCCCCCAGACAGCCUUGAACAUGAUCUCCCAACUUUGCUACAUAAUUGAUGGUCUCUCCCGCCAGCAAUCCACGGAAGAAACCACCCCCAGACCGCGGGAAAUGUCUGUCGGCGAAGACGAGGAAAACGUCAACGAGAACUUCACCGAGCAUAAGGAACUCUUGGAAGCUAUUUUCAUCCAAUCCUGCUACUGCUCCCUGGGUGCAGCUCUCGUAGCAGAAUCCAGAGCCCAAUUCGACGAGUUCAUGAAAAAGACAGCGGGCCUGAUGAUGAUAGAAGACACCCCAGAGAAAUUGGCAACAGUUCGCUAUAUCCCCAUCACGUACUCAUCUCUUUAUGAUUACGUUCUAGACGUUACUGAAAAAGUCUGGAGGCCCUGGAGGGCACUGAUCCCCCGAUACAAACACGACAGAACUAAGAAGUUCAGCGAGAUCCUAAUCCCUACGAUAGAUACCAUGAGGACAACAUGGUUCGUCAGUCUAAUGAACCAUUUGAAGAGGCCAGUGCUGUUAGUUGGGGAAACAGGCACAUCCAAGACAGCUGUCAUUCAUGAAUUCUUGAGGAGUUUAGACUCAGACAGAUUCCAGAAACUGCUCAUUAAUUUCUCCUCCAGAACAACUUCUCUGGAUGUUCAACGCAACAUUGAAUCUGUUCUGGAGAAGAGGACGAAAGAUGUUUACGGUCCGUCCCCUGGGAAGCAGUUGACUGUUUUCAUAGACGACAUGAAUAUGCCACUGGUCGACACUUACGGCACUCAACAGCCUAUCGCUCUUCUUAAACUGCUCUUCGAAAGGGGUGGAUUCUACGACAGGGGAAAAGAUCUCAAUUGGAAGAACAUCAAGGAUAUUUGUUACCUAGCAGCAAUGGGAAAGACGGGUGGUGGGAGGAACGAAGUAGAUCCGAGGUUCAUUUCCAUGUUUGCGGUAUACAACGUCACCCUCCCUAGUGAGGAAACCCUGAACUAUAUCUACACAAGUAUUCUAAGCGGCCACCUGCAGAUUUUCCCUGAAGAAGUCCAAGGAAUUGCUGUCACUCUAGUGGAACUGACUCACGACUUGUACAAGAUCGUGACGACAGAUUUACCCCCGACGCCCUCGAAGUUCCACUACAUCUUCAACAUGAGAGACCUCUCAAGGAUCUCUGCAGGACUACUUCAAAGUGCUCCUGAGUAUUUCCCCACUGUUCAGCAGUUUGCGAGACUCUGGAGAAAUGAGUUCACGAGGGUCAUCUGCGAUCGUCUGAUCAACGACGAGGAUCAAGCUUUAGUUCGCGGACAUUUGGAGGCGAAAGUUAAGACUGUGGAGUCCUGGGAGGAUGAGCAAGAAGUUAUAGAUUACAUUCUGCGCGAUCCUCUCUUAUUCGGAGACUUCAGAAACGCUUGCAGUGAAGAUCCUCGCUUCUACGAAGACGUACUCGACUACGAAGCUGUCUACAGUCUUUUCAUGGAAAUCCUGGAAGAAUACAACGAGAAGAAUCCCAAGAUGAACAUAGUCCUGUUCAAUGAUGCCUUGGAACACCUAGUUCGGGUUCAUCGCACCUUAAGAAUGCACCGGGGGCAUAUUCUUGUUGUAGGAAUCGGCGGAAGUGGAAAGCAAUCAGUGAUAAGAUUAGCCUCCUUCGCAGCUAACUGCGAAAUCUUCGAAAUCUCCUUAGGAAGGAACUACAACGACCACAGUUUCAGGGACGACAUGAAGAAACUCUACAACAUCGUAGGCGUCGACGAUAAGAAAAUUGUCUUCCUUUUCACCGCAGCUCAAGUCGUUGACGAGAGCUUCCUGGAAACGGUCAACAACAUGCUGAUGACAGGGGUGGUACCAGCACUAUUUUCUGACGAGGAGAAAGACUCAAUCGUCAACACCUGCAGGGAUCGAGCGAAGGAAGCUGGUUUCGGCAUCACGAAAGAGAACGUUUGGAGUUACUUCGAGAAGACUUGCAUCUCUAACUUGAGGAUAGCUUUAUCAAUGAGUCCAGCGGGAGAUAUCCUAAGAUGCAGAUGUCGAAGUUACCCUGGUCUUGUUAGCAGCACGACUGUCGACUGGAUGUUCCCUUGGCCACAGCAAGCUCUCCAUGCAGUCGCAACGGUUGUCCUGCGAGAUAAUCCUCAUGUUCCUGAGGAACAUCGUAAGAGCAUCAUCCAACAUGUCGUUCAUGUUCACGAGUCCGUCGGGGAAUACACUGCGGAAUUCUUGACCAAGCUCAGAAGGAGAAACUACGUAACUCCGAAACACUUCUUAGACUUCAUCAAUACGUACUUGAAUCUUCUAGCUGAGAAGAAAACUUACAUAGCUUCACAAUGUGAAAGACUCUCAGGUGGCAUAAAGAAGAUAGCGGAGGCUUCUGAGACCCUCGCUGAGCUGAACGAAAUCCUGGCUAUCCAGAGGAUCAAAGUAUCGAAGCAAACACAGAACUGUGAGAAGCUAUUGGGUUCAAUCGGCGAGAGCACAGAUAUUGCAAUGGAGAAGAAGAACUUGAGCACUGAGAAGAGCGAGGAGAUCGAGAGUCGGAAGAAGACAAUCGCCAAGGAAUCUGCGGAGGCUAAAGCAGUUCUAGCUGCAGCCCAACCGGCCUUAGACUCAGCUAAAAUAGCUCUCAAUGAACUAGAAAAAAGCGAUAUUACUGAAAUCCGAUCUUUUGCGACUCCACCAGAACCUGUGCAAGUGGUUGGUGAGUGCAUUGCAAUCAUUAGAGGUGCGAAAGAGAUCUCCUGGAAGACUGCGAAAGGACUAAUGAGUGAUCCCAGCUUCUUGAGAACUCUGCAAGAGAUGGACGUCACUGAAAUCACUCUCAAACAACAGCAAGCGGUGAAAGCUCAGAUGAAAAAAUCAGACAAAUUAGACCAGAUGGAGUCCAUCAGCAGAGCUGGUUACGGUCUCUACAAAUUUGUCCUUGCGGUUUUGGAAUAUUGCGCGGUAUAUCGUGAGGUAAAACCGAAGAUGGAAAAAGUGCAGGCAUUAGAGGUAGAAGCAGAACGAGCUCAGAAGGCCCUGGAAAAAGAGCUGAAAGAACUUCAGAAAAUUGAGAAGCAGUUGAAAGAAUUGAACGCCAAAUACGAGAUAGCUCUGGCCGACAGGCUAGCCCUUCAGGAAGAGACAGAUCUUCUGGAACGGCGUCUGGUAGCUGCAGACAAACUGAUAGGAGGGUUAUCUUCAGAGAACGUGCGAUGGAAGGAAGAAUUGGUUAACCUCCAGGCAGAGCUCGAGCUGAUAAUAGGAAACAGUCUUCUGUCUGCAGGAUUCUUAUCCUACGCAGGACCAUUCAGCUAUGAGUUCAGAAAUCAAAUGGUCUACGACGACUGGCAGAACAGCGUCCUCGAGAAGAGCAUUCCACUGUCUCAACCGUAUCGAAUAGAAACUCAGUUGACUAACGACGUAGAGAUCAGUGAAUGGAAUUCAGAAGGUUUGCCACCUGAUGAGCUUUCCGUUCAGAACGGAAUUCUCACAUCGCGGGCUUUGAGAAGUUCCCUGUGCAUCGAUCCUCAACAGCAAGCGAUAAACUGGCUGAAGAAGAAAGAGCAGAAGAAAAAUCUAAAGAUCUUGACAUUCAAUGAUCUGGAUUUCGUGAAACAGGUGGAAAUGGCCAUCAAGUUUGGCUUCCCCGUUAUCUUCCAGGAUGUUGACUACAUCGAUCCUAUCCUGGAUAACGUCCUCAUGAAGAAUCUUCAGACUGUCGGCGGACGAACAUUCAUUCUACUAGGUGACAAGGAAGUAGAUUACGAUCCCAAAUUCCGAUUAUAUCUCAUCACAAAGCAAUCGAAUCCAGCCUUCAAUCCAGCAGUUUAUUCCAAAGCUACUGUAAUCAACUACAUGGUGACAUUAACCGGUUUAGAAGAUCAAUUACUGUCUGUUGUUGUGAGAACUGAGAGACCGGACAUCGAAGAACAGCGAGAAUUACUCAUUGCCGAAACCAGUGAGAACAAGAGUCUCUUGCGGCAACUAGAAGACAGUCUACUCCGCGAGAUAUCUACGAACCAAGGAAACAUGCUGGACAACAUUGACCUAAUCGAGACCCUAGAAAAUACGAAAUCAAGCGCAACUGAAGUCACGGAGAAGAUUGCUCUCGCCGAAGUGACAGCUAAGGAAGUCAACAAAUUGCGAGACGGUUAUCGUCCUGCAGCGAAAAGAGGAGCUAUCCUCUUCUUUGUACUUGCUGACAUGGCUGUCGUCAACUCCAUGUACCAAUACUCUCUCACCAGCUACUUGGAGAUCUUCACGUAUUCCUUGAAGAAGGCCCUGCCGAAUCACAUCCUCGGACAUCGUCUGAGGAACAUCAUCAGCACGUUGACGAAGAAUGUCUACGAUUACGGCUGUACCGGUAUCUUCGAGAAGCACAAACUUCUGUUCUCCUUCCAAAUCUGUGUUAAGAUUGAGCAGAACUUGGGCAACAUCACCCAGCCAGAACUGGACUUCUUCAUCAAGGGGAGUGUCGCUCUGGAGAAGACUCAGAGGCCGAAUCCAGCGAUGUGGCUUUCCUCGACAAAUUGGGAGGACGUCGUCAAGCUAUCUACAGAUUUCCCGGAGCAAUUCGCCGAAUUGUGCGACGAUUUGAGAAGUGACAUUGACGACUGGAAGGAGUGGUACGAGUCGGAUAACCCAGAAGCCGAGGACUUCCCAUCCGGAUACUCUGUGAAACUUAAUCCGUUCCAGAAACUUAUGCUUUUGCGAUCCUUUAGAGUGGACAGGGUCUACUGCGGUCUCGUAAACUAUAUCUCCGAGAUAAUGGGAGAAGAAUACAUCGCCCCUCCGAACAUCAGUUUCGAUAUGAUCUACGAUCAGAGCACCUGCACGAUGCCUGUCGUAUUCAUCCUCAGUCCCGGGUCCGAUCCCAGUUCUGAGUUGAUGAAACUGGCAGAGAGAUACGGUUGCGGAGGUGGAAAGUUCCAGUAUCUGUCCCUGGGACAGGGACAAGAGAAGGCAGCUGUUCAGCUUCUGGAGAACGCGACAGCCAGGGGCCAAUGGCUGAUGCUGCAGAACUGUCAUCUGCUCCUGAGCUUCACUCGAGAGCUGGAGAAGAGAUUGGAAAUCAUUGGGAAACCUCACCCAGACUUCCGUCUCUGGAUUACGACAGAUCCUACUCCGAAUUUCCCCAUUGGGAUUCUACAACAGUCGUUGAAAGUUGUAACCGAACCUCCUAAUGGGCUCAAGUUGAACCUCAGGAACACGUACUUCAGGAUGCGGGGGCAGACGCUCGAGAACUGUGAACACCCGAUCUUCAAGGAUUUGGUGUAUGUUCUUGCGUUUUUCCACGCUGUAGUACAGGAGAGACGGAAAUACGAUAAUAUCGGGUGGAACAUUAAUUACGACUUCAACGAAUCUGAUUUCAACGUCUGCACUUCGAUCUUGGACACGUACUUGACGAAAUCGUGGACGAGGAAGGAGGAGAGGAUUCCUUGGAACAGCCUGAAGUAUCUCAUAGGUGAAGUCAUGUACGGGGGAAGAAUCAUCGACAGCUAUGAUAGGAGGAUCGCGAAGACGUACAUGAACGAGUAUUUCGGGGACUUCCUUUUCGAUGAGUUUCAACCGUUCCACUUCUACCAGGAUGACGACGUCGAUUAUGUCAUACCCCCGAGUGGGAAUCGAGAAUCAUAUAUCGAGUUUAUCGAGGACUUGCCUCUCGUGAAUUCUCCGGAAGUCUUCGGUCUUCAUCCCAACGCGGAAAUCGGGUACUUUACGAGGGCGACUAAGGACGUCUGGGCGAAUCUCAAAGAGUUGCAGCCGCAGACGGCUGUCAGCUCAGCGGGGAUCAGCAGGGAUGAGUUUAUCGAUAAUCUAGCUCAAGAUAUAUUGGCUAAGAUCCCGGUGGAUUAUGAUUUGAUUAAAGUUAAACGGAACUUCGGGCUGGGGGUGACGCCAACGGCUAUUGUCUUGUUUCAAGAGCUAGAGAGGUUCAAUAAAUUACUCGGGAGGAUGAGGACGACUUUAUCGAAUUUGAGAAAGGCAAUCGCUGGGGAGAUAGGAAUGGAUUCGAUUUUAGAGAGCGUUGGGAAUGCGCUUUAUAAUGGAACUUUACCCUUUGAAUGGGCGAAACUGGCGCCACCAACUAUGAAGAAUCUGGGAGGGUGGAUGGAACAUUUCGAUAGACGAAUUGUUCAGUAUACGAACUGGGCUGGAUGCAAUGAACCUGUAGUCAUCUGGCUCUCAGGUCUGCACAUCCCACAGACUUAUCUAGCCGCUCUAGUCCAGAUGGCAUGUAGAAGAAACAAUUGGCCACUCGAUAAAUCACUGACGUACACAGAAGUCUCAAAGUUUUCCACCACUGAUGAAGUUGAAGAGAGACCUGACCAGGGCUGCUACGUCGAAGGACUAUAUUUGGAAGGCGCGAGGUGGGACAAGAAAGACCACUGCCUCCGGAGAUCACACCCCAAGGUCUUAAUCGAGGAAUUACCAAUUUUGACGAUUGUUCCUAUCGAAUCCCAUCGCUUGACAUUACAAAAUACUGUGAAGACGCCAGUUUACGUGACUUCACGGCGCCGCAAUGCGAUGGGCGAGGGGCUCAUGUUCGAAGCUGACCUCAGGACCACAGAACAUAUUUCUCUAUGGGUUUUACAGGGUGUUUGCUUAAUUUUAAAUACUGACUAAUUCAUCUGUACGUAAUCGAUAAUGUUACAAUAUAUUA